GAACGCCAACUGUGGUGAAAACGAAUAUUUUAAUAAGAAGUAUGGGCCCUGUAUCGGAACUCGACAUGGUAGGCAGAUAUAUUUCUAAUAUAAGCGAUAUACAAUUCUUUCAGUAACUUUUGAAUUUUACACUCUUGUCAUUUUUAUCAUUAGUAAAUUGUCGAUAACACUACCAGCCUGUUAAUAGUAAUUAAUAAUAAUUUACAGGAUUAUUCGAUGGAUUGUUACUUUCGUCAGUCUUGGCGUGACUCGCGUUUAAGUUUCUUGGGUCCAAUAAAAUCGCUCAGCUUGAGCAUUAAAAUGUUAGAAAGGAUCUGGAGGCCAGACACCUAUUUUUAUAAUGGGAAACAUAGCUACGUGCACACAAUCACCGUGCCGAAUAAAUUGUUGAGGAUCACGCAGGAUGGAGACAUCCUUUAUUCCAUGAGAUGCAUAUACGUCAGGCCAAUUAAUCUACGAAUGGCAAGAGGGUUCCUCGGUGAAUUUCGUUCCUGGAAUGGCUCUCUCGCAAUUCGAUCUAAUGGGUUCGCCAUAUAGAAAUUUAACUUUCGUGCGCCGCGAGGGCGAAUUUUCAGUUCUUCAAGUAUCGUUCAACUUGCAACGAAAUACCGGUUAUUUUCUCAUUCAAGUAUCACAACUGUUUUGACACUGUCGACGAUUAGCCUCGAUUCCAGAACAGACUUACCAAAAGUUAGAUACGCCACUGCUCUCGACUGGUUUUUAUUAAUGAGUUUUGGAUAUUGUAUUGCUACUUUGUUAGAAUUCGCUGGUGUGCAUUAUUUCACAAAGGUACGCAUAAUACUCAGUUUUAUUAUGAUAGAGAAUAAAAUUAUAUAAUAUAUUAUAUAAUGUAUAAUAUAAUAAAAUUAUAAAAUAGAGAAUAAAAUUACAGCAAUUAAAAUUGAUGGCACAGAGCAAGAAUGUUCACCGAAAUUAUGGUAACAAUAAUGGAAGAAUCAAUCGUCGAGAAUGGUGAACAGAAAAACCAUAGUUAGAAAAAAAAAUAACAUAGUGACUAGAUAAUAUCUAGCUCUUUUCUCAGAAUUACUCGAUCUUCUUGGUACAUACUUAGUUGUUGCUCAAAUUGGCGGUGCUCUUGCAGUAGUUGUAACUCUU